GAAUCAAAUUCACCGCAGUUUUGCCUUUUUCAACACUUAAAAAGAGAAGACAGAAAACAGAGCACCAAACUGUGCUGUCAAUUUUUUUGGACAUGAAACUCUGCAACAACACACUAAAGCUGCAAAAAUAAUGCGAACUUUCCUUGGUCAUCAGUCAGUUCCUGGUUGGGUUUCUACAGCAAUCUGCUUACAGAGAUGGUAAUGGGGAAUGCCUGUGGUAGAGAGGAAGGAGAAGGCUCUUCUUCUGGAGUUAACAACUUUCAAGAGAAUGAUGAACCCAUGGCUCACUCACCUCCCCAUAACCCCUUCAUCACUUCACAAAAUCCUGGGGACACGUCAACAAGAGCGGGUGAGGCAGUAUCGCAAAACAUAGAAGAUAAUGAUAAUGUACAAAAUCAGAACUUUAGACGCAUGAAGAUCUCAUGGACUCAUGGUGGCAGGCAAGUUGCUGUCACAGGAUCAUGGGACAAUUGGGAGACCAGGGAGCCGCUGCAGAAUACAGGUAACGAAUUCAUUGUCAUAAAGUUGCUUCCAUCAGGUCUCUAUCAGUACCGCUUCAUUGUUGAUGGGUGUUGGAGGUGUGCUCCAGACUUGCCAUGGUUGUAUGACGAAUCAGGAACUGCCUACAAUGUUUUGGAUUUGCAGGAAUAUGGUUUGGAACUGCCUGAACGCCUGUCAAAGUUCGAAACACCUCCAUCCCCACCUUCAAGCUAUGAUAACAGACGCUUAAGUGAAGACGAUUUCAGUAAACCUCCGCCAGAAGUACCUCCACAACUACAAGUCCCAUUUUUAAACAGGCCAUCUUCCUCUUCAAAUGCUAGUGACCAGCCAUUGUCAAUGCCUCAUUAUUCACAAUUGAACCAUUUGUACAUCCAGAACCAAAUUGGUGGCGAGCUUUUCGCACUCAGUUCUACACAUAGGUUUCGUCAAAAAUUUGUUACAAUGGUGUUAUACAAGCGAUUGAACAGAGAAAAUCCAUAA